GGGACUCUCGGUAUUGCCACACUUCGCAUCAUUACCGCCGUAACGUGCAAGCUUCACUCAAUCUUCACUCGUCAUCUGAGACUAACGCUCAAGAAUUCGAACGCGAAGAUAUGAGCGCCAUGUAUGCUAAACGUUGCGCCGCUCUCGUCCUUCUCGUUGUGACAGUUGGCCUCGUAAACGCCACCGAGAAUUACAUGGAUUACGGAGAAGAGAUGGCGGAAAAAACGCCCGCGGAAAAUAUCCACGAGUUGUACAGGCUUCUGCUGCAACGCAAUACGUUGGAUAACGCUGGUUUUGGUGGCAUCCCGUUGGAGCACCUGAUGAUCCGCAAGUCGCAGCGAUCUCCGUCGCUGCGUCUUCGAUUUGGUCGUUCUGGACCGCACGUCUCCGCGAGGGCUCUGCCGAGACCUAUGGGCGCGGUGGCGGGAUACGACGACAACAAUUAAUCGGCGAAGCUGAUCCAGGGACAUCUUUUCAAUUCGUUCUUGAUGAAAACGCGACUCUGUCUUGUAUAAAAUAUUAUGUAUAACUCAUGUCUCGCGUGCGCGUGUGCGAGUGCGUGCAUGCGUGUGUGCGUGUGUAUGCGUGCGUACUUUAUUCGCUGACCGGGCUUCCCUCUCUCGCGUCUCUUACUCUUUAAAAGGAGCAAAGCAUACAAUGAAACUAAUUUGCACAAUCCUAAUUGUGCAAUACAAAGAAUUAAUUAAAAGUGAAGAGAAAUAUUGUGUCUUUUAUAUAUUAUUUGCGCGUGUUAUUUCCACAUGUGUUAAUUAAAUUUAACGACGCGUUCUCGGAACUGACGUAACCGUCUCCGUUUCGUUUUGUACGAGAUUUUACGAGACGAAUAAUUUAUCUCAAGUUCAUGUUUCACGAGUUCAAAGACACUUUAUAUUUAUUUCGUAUAAUUGUGGGCAUUUCUGAACGAUACCGACGACGGUCAUUUUACCUCGUCGUUUUCGUUAAUUAAUGGCAGCGCUGUAAAAGGACACUUGGCCUAAGUCCUUCAUUCGGUGGGAAUAACAAUUUGAACACUUCGAUCGUUUACGAAAGCAAUUGGUCUCUCGUUUAAUUACAUGCACAUCGGCACAGAACAUAGAAAUAAUUUGCGUCCUGUGCGAUGACAUAUACAAGAUAUCCCAAAGGAUAUCCCAAAGGAUAUCCCAAACUUUUCAAGCGAUUUACCGACAAUGUAUUAAAUAAAUUUGAUGUUGAAUUAUUUCAAAAUUAAAAUUAAAAUUCAAUCUUUAAACCGAAAAAACAAUUUUGACAUUAAUUAUGCAAUUUAUAAAAAUUUAAAAGUGAUCUUUCCAUUAUCAACAUCUAAUAUGUUGAUCAGCAAGUUUUUUGAAAUUAAAUUCGCAUUAAAACACAUUUGACAUGGCGUUUUAUUGCCCAUUUAAGACGAAAUCCUUCAAGAGCUUUUAUUGGUCCAUAAUGGAACUAUUUCGAAUCGAUUUUCUGCUGAAUAUUCUUCAAAGAGAGAUGAAACAUCUUUUUAUGUAUGAAAUUAUUUACGUUAUUCAAUACUUCUGGGAUAUUAUAAUUUUCAACAGCUGGCCUGUUGGUCUAUCGAUAAAUUAAUAGGCGUAGUAUUUCGAUAAAUGUGCCAAAUAAUAUGAUUGUUGUAUCAUGAUAAAAAAUAUCUGCACUGUUUAUAAAAUAUAUACAGGGCGGGCUAUAUAAAACUGUUAUGACAAUUUAAAAAUCUCACGCGUAUUAAGGGGGCCGAUCGCAAAAUCUUUGGUGCAUGUAGAUUGACGAUUGAAAUAUAUAUGUGUAAAAAAAAAAAAGAAAAAAAUACGGACUAGUUAUUUGCCGCAAAAAGAGGGUCGCGUCUCAAAUGUGUGAAUAUGUCAAUUUGCAAAAUUAAAAAUAAAUUAUUAUGUAACACUGUGUCACAUUUAUUCCUCUGCAGCAAA